AUGGUAACCGGGCAUCGGUUUUCGGAACAGGAGACCGAAGAAUACUACGACGCUGAAGAUGUGAUCUACCGCUCGAUUUGGGACGCCGACGGGAGCGUUCACUGGGGUGUCUUCGAUGGACAACCCACGAGCGACGAUCGCAUUCGUGAGGAGUUCCUCACCGCCGGCAUGCGGCUCAACGAGUUGAUGGUGGAAUACUCCAGCAUCGACUCCAGUUCCCGAGUGCUGGACGUCGGCUGCGGCAACGGCGCCACCGCGACUUGGCUGUCCCGCGCCAGCGGAGCCCACGUGACCGGGAUCGACCUCAGCGGCGUGCGCAUCGAAAACGCGGUAGAGUCCCUGGACCGGGUCCCCGAGUUGGCCGGCCGGCUGGCGUUCGAGAAAGCCUCGGCUACCGAGUUGCCGUUCCCUGACGGAACUUUCACCCACGUCUGGAGCCAGGCCACCGUCUAUCACGUUCCUGACAAGGACAAGGUCCUGCAAGAGGCCUACCGCGUUCUCCAGCCGGGCGGCUCAUUGAUCUUCGAUGACCUGACCAAGCCCACGCAGGACAUCAGCGAAUCGGCGCGCAAGUUUGUUUACGACCGGCUGCUGUUCGAUACCGACUUCAGUUUUUACUCGUACAUUGAAGCGCUCAGAGAGACCGGCUUCAAGGGUCCAGAGGGCUAUCAGGACCGGUUCGACUACCUGUGCGACGCCUAUAUGAAGACGGUCGAAGCCAUCAACAACGACGAGCUCGGGUGGGCGCAGUACCUCUGCAUCAAGCCGGCCUAG